GGGUAAACAGGCUUUAGGACCCAGGGGAUGGCGGUGCUGCUGUAAUAAGGGAAGACAACUAGAAUGAGAGUGAAGAGAACAAGUAGGAGGAGAAGGAGGGAGGAGGACAGAUGCAGAGAUCUGUUUUUGGAGGCUCGGAGAAAGGCUGCAGUUGACAGAGGAGGGUCGACACGUAGCGGUGGACGCUGCACCAACCACGGCAACAGGGAUUCGUGAGAGAGGAGGAGCAGAGAGGAGGCUCUGUGCUGAGGAGAACAUUGUCUGCUGCUGACCAGCUGUGUAGAACAGGUUCAUCGGCAGGAACACCGAGAACGCCACCGACAGCUCCUCGGGUAGAAGACUUUGAUAAGUUCGACACACAGUAGGACAGUAGAACUUAUCUCCCAACGACAAACACGAGGACAAUGUGCUGACAACUUACAGUAACGUGUAGUGACACGGUUUUCCCUCUGCACAAGCCCACGCUAGAAAGAACUGACAGUGUGUGAAAAGACCAUCUAUUAUAUAUACAGUUAUAUGGAUGGUGGACAAACUGGGACUGUGGAUUCUCCACCGGAACAAGUCCCUGAUAGGAAGAAAACAGCCUUCUCAGUCAUCAGAGACGCGGUCUUUGAAUCAACAUAAUGUUCCUCUGUCCUGAGGAAACCCCCUCGACGUGGACAAGGACCAUUAAAAUUACAUGUCCCUAAGGAGAACUGCCAUAAAUCCAGAGCAGCCCACUUUGAUACCUUAUUUAUCAAUCUGUGCAGCAACAACAGAGGAACAGGAAGGUCCACUGAUCUGCUGGUGUUCACUGCAGUGGUCCAUUUUUGAAGCAUCAUCAAUCCAGCCUCCUGCAGGUUCUGAUGCCUCCUGUCUUCUGUUUCAUGGACUUUCUUCGUCAAGUUUUUCUCAAGUCCUCCGUCUGCAUCGUCCGUUGUGUUGUUAACCAGAAAGACUGACAUCAGGUGUUUUUUUUUUGUUUUUUUGUUUUUACUCAAAACAAUGAGACUGUGCUGAGGCAGAGGCCUAACAUGUUAUUGAUAUAGACUUUGUCAGGACAGUGCCUGAGGGCAGGCACAGAUUUUAUUGAUCGGUCUGAGCCUAAUCACAAUCUAAUAUCAUUACGGUCGACAUUUCCUUACAAUGUAAAAAAAAACACAACGUAUUUUUCAUUAUCAUUCGUGUGUUCUGUCAAAUGGAAGGCACCAGGCGAAUCCUGAGCUGCUGCACAGUGAAACAUUUUCUCAUUACACAGAAGGAAAGGCCGUCUUCAAAACACCUACUCAGCCGUAGCACUUCAUCUCACUGCACAUAAGGGGUUUGAUGAACCUAAUGUGUGUUGCCCUCUGGACGCAACCCUGUUUAGAAAAAUUAAAAGAAUAGGAUUAAAAUGGAUUAUGGGAGAAAACACCGAAAAACCAGCACAGCAGCUGCUUCUGCAUAAGCUGAUUGGACGCUGUCAGCCGCUAAGUGUUUGUAAAUUACAUUAGAUUGUUGAUGUGGUGGUCUCCUGUGUGGGUGGUAUUAACAAAGACAGAUGGAGAAUCCGGAUGAGCUGGAGCACCCUCUUCUCGGAGAAAACCCCAGUAACAGCUGGGCCACAGCUCCGGGGCUGGUGCCCAGGACUGGACAGGCCUCCGGUGCCUUGUUCAAGGGCAUCCUGGUGAAGUGUGAGGAGGACAGGGCCUACCCUCCCUUUGCAUGGAGGGGUUAUUGUGGACAUCAUCCUGAGCUCCAGCAGCAGCAGCAGCAGCAACAGCAGUUACUGGAUCCAUGUGCUUUACCGCGCACACUGGAGUCCUUUUACCCAGCGGCCCCCAUCUGGAACAAUACAGACUCCAUGGUUACUAAGGACUACCUGGAGACCACGUUUGUGGACAUUCAGCCCGGCUCCACCCUGGAGAAGAAGCUACUGGCUGAGGCUCAGGACUACCAAAGUGUGUCCUACAGCAUGGACGAUGAGGAUGACCUCCUGCCAGACUCUGACGACUCGUCGAUCGAUGACUUCAGUGACACAGAUAGUGACACCAACUUCCCCCUCAUGAUCCCUCAGGACUACCUGGGUCUGGCCUUCUUUUCCAUGCUUUGCUGUUUUUGGCCCCUGGGAAUCGCUGCCUUCUACCUUUCGCAGAAGACCAACAAGGCAGCAGCUCAGGGGGAUUUUCAGGGGGCCAACGCUGCAUCGCGCCAGGCUCUGUGGCUGUCCGUGCUCUCCAUCGUGUUUGGAAUCAUUACCUACAUCUGCGCCAUCACUGCACUGAUUUCCUACCUGUCUGGGAAACCACCGUAAAGUAGGGAUUCUACUCUCACGUGUAUUGAGCGUAUACACACAAGCGAACAUAUCACCUGUGAAAUAAUUUGUCUCUGUCUGACAAUCCUAUCUGCAUUCAUGUCUUAUCUCCACGAAGGAGCUCGGAACGGAGGGUAAAGGUAUGACUGGAGCACUGGCUUGGAUUAUCAUCUCAAAUUGGAUUAAGACAUAAUUAAAACCCUGCAACAGAAGAAAAUCACUGAGCAUAAUUUAUCACUCCUUCCAGUCUGUGUUAUUUAUUUCACCACCAAGCGUCUUAAAUUACCUGCUUAAUUUAUUAAUAUAAAUAUUUGCCACGGUCAUCAUCAGUUUAGGCAUGGCUGAAUGGGGGAAAAAAUGUAAAAAAAAAAUUCAGAUGUUAAUGUGACAAUGUAGAUAUCACAAAACAAUAAAGAGGCAGAAGAAACCAGGAGACACCUGGCUCCGUCUGCCUGAGAGAGGAGGAGAGAGCAGUUUAUGACGAAAGAGUCUGCAAAUUUAUGGCAAGGUCGGAGCAAGGACGCUGCAGAAGCUAAAUCCUGGUGGACCUGGCUGUUUGAGGGUCUGAGCCAACAUUGUCGCUUAAGGGACAAUUUCUAUGACCUACGACAGGCAAGGUGCAAUAUUGUCUACUGUGAGAAUCCCAAAUUUUGGUUCUACACCUCUGGCCACAGCGAAUGACUCACAGGGCAACACUGCAAACUGUACAUGGAUCAUUGACCCGCCUCGUUCACCGUGUACCUGCAGAAAUGACUGAUUCUGCCUUUUCCCCGCCAAGUCGAUUUUGCACCUCAGUGUGGAAACGCAGGCAAAAUCAAAGUGGAGAAUGAGGAGCAGCGCCAUUAUUAAAGAACAUAAAAAUGAGUAAGUGUGGAGUUCAAUGGAUUUGAAAUGAAAUGCAGAGUCAUGAUGCAAACACUGGCCUCAGAUACAGAACUACACGAGCCGCUUCACACGGUGUUCUGCAUUCACAAGGGAAAUAUGACAUUGACAGAAGGCGCAGGGCUGCAAGAAACACCGCCAAAAAAUAGUCCCAGGCUGCUCCUUUUCUCUGGUUCCCAAAUAUAGAUUCUUCUAUUUCCUCUCCUAUAGCAUAAAGAACAAAGUCUUCUGUUCCCAAAGUCUUUUAGGCACUUUGUGUAAAAAAAAAAGGGUGAUCCCAAAAAAUUCACGUAAACAUUGAUGCAGGUGAGCACUGGAUUCAAACAAACCUGGUUAAAACCUGACUUCUUCGCCAUGCAAUGCAUGAGUCAGCAACACCUCGUUUUCGUCACAUCUGCAUGGUGAGUUGAGUCACUCUCUGCUUUUGUCUUGACUCACGGAAAGAGCAACUUUGACAGAACGCACACAUACAUUUUUAAAGAAAAACAAAAUAAUGAGCCUAAUUGUGCCAAUAAAUAUGAAGAGGAAUAAUAUGUGAACCAACCUAGCUGUUGAUUACCCAAAUGUGAACUUUUUUUUAAAUGUAGAUGUAUAGUUUUAUAGACUCCACCUUGAAAAUAAAACCACUGCAUCGCUUAUGUUCUCUUGUGUAACUUGGUAAGUAUUGAUUGUUUUAUGUGAACAACCUAUUUGUCCAACUUCUGUGUGUUUCAUUCCUGAUUAUGGGAAAAAACAUCCAGAGUGUACAUGUGUGCUCAACAUAGGUUUACAUGAGUGAGUAUGUAAGGACACAAGGACAUGUUUGAACACCAACACAUGGAAAAUGCGUCAAGGCCAUAAGAUAUCUGUGGACACAACGUAGUCUUCACUGGGCGUUGAUAGAACAACACAUAUCUGACAGAUUCACUGUCCCCUUACAUGUGACCCAAAUUUGAACACACACGUCAGUAGCAGAUCAAACAGACUUAGAAUCUGGAACCACAGCUUGAUCAGGAAAAUGUUAAAUAAUCAGCAAAUUUUUAGAUUUUUAUAUAUUACAGAACCCUGGGGGAGCACUUUCAGUCUUUUCUAGAAUUUACUGAGGGCUACGUGUGGGUCCGGCCAUUUUUAUACACAGUGUGCUUUAGAGGUCUUCAACCACCUGGUCUUGUCUGGACCAGUACCUGGUUGUGGUUCACUUGGGUACAGGCUGAAGAGUAAAAAAAACAAAACAUUAUAUUCAUUAUAUUGAAAGGAAAAUAAGAAGAUAUUGAUUAUAUGUGCCAUAUAUUCUUUUUUUUUUCCUUGUUGAAAAUUCUCAAUUAAAGACAACUUUUUUUAAGUUAUGACAUGAAAUAACGUUUUGUCUGAAAUGUCCAUGAAGGAUACAGGAGAUAGGAGAGACAUACUUGUAAUACAGGUUGAUUGUGACAUGAUUCUCACGUGCCAAACUCUUUUCACAAUUUGUCGUUUGACAUUGUGGUUUUACCUGUAUGCACCUUAGAUUUAUUUUGACAUUUAUUGUCGUAUUUUAUUUAUUUAUUUUUCGCUGCAUCUUGAUGACAAGUCUGUAAGAAUAUUCUUACAUGGAACUGUUCUGUGACUCUGGAAUGGUGGGAACCUCUGGUCCUUUCUGUCCACCUACAGACAAAUGCUGUCUGAAAACAUCUGUAUUGCUGAGUGUAGUGUGAUGUGGUUUUAAUCCUUACUCAUUUGGACAUUUACUUCAGUGGUAAAACACAUUUGAUAUUGAUAAUUCUAACUAUACAUACAGAUUGGUGGCGCUUUGGACCAGAGGCAAUGUCUCUGUCAUUGGUGUAGAACCCCAGGGUUCACCUCCUGGGUGAGUUCAAAUCCCAGUUAGAGCGGUUGGUACCUCCUAGUGGACUCACCACCUGCAGGAAGGUUCAGGGAGGUUGGUACGGUGUAAUGUGAUUUGGGUGGCGGUCAUGGAGACUGCUGACCCUGCGACCCAGAACAGUUAAGCAGAUGAAAAUGGAUGGAUGGACGUACAGAUUGGUCAUGUCGGCCUUAGACAAAGUCUGAGGACAUUUGUCUCAGUUUGAGUCACUUUUACAGGUGCUGCCUGAGUGAAGCUGAGUGGACAACUUGUGUUAGUCCAAGGUGGUGGCACGUGAGAUUUGUUAUAGGAAAAUAAUUAUCUUUUUUCCCAUUUCAUGUUGUUGUAUUUAUUGUAAAAAUAAAACAAACAAAAAAAUCAGUAAUUCUUAAUAAAUGCACUUGUUGA